AGGCUCAUGUUGAUGUUGCGUGGUUUCAGGGCUGGCCUUAAAGCCGAGUCUCUGUGCUCUGUGGCUGUGUUCUGGUCUUGGAGGGGUAGUCAUUUUGCUAAUUGCUUGUUCGGUAGCUUCACGCCUUCUGUCGGCCGCCCGUUUCUAGCUUCCCUACAGCCCGUAUUCCGUUCGAGUCCUGCAGCGUUGUUGAUGCCUCGGCGUCUCACCACCGUGGAAGCACAAGAUAUGGCAAAGAGAAUAGUCUGGGUAGAUUUAGAGAUGACUGGAUUGGAUAUAGAGAAAGAUAAAAUCAUAGAAAUGGCUUGCAUUAUAACUGAUGCAGAAUUGAAUAUAUUAGCUGAGGGUCCACACCUGAUUGUUAACCAACCAAAUGAGCUGCUGGAUGGCAUGUCAGAAUGGUGUGCACAACACCAUGGAAAGUCAGGUCUCACACAGGCAGUGCGGGAUAGCAAAAUCAGCCUGCAGCAAGCAGAAUAUGAAUUCCUUUCCUUUGUACGGCAGCAUACACCUCCAGGCCUUUGUCCUCUUGCAGGAAAUUCAGUCCAUGCUGAUAAGAAGUUUCUCGAUAAGUAUAUGCCACAGUUCAUGAGACACUUGCAUUACAGAAUAAUAGAUGUUAGCACCAUCAAGGAACUGUGCAGACGUUGGUACCCAGACAAAUAUGAAGAUGCACCAAAGAAGAAAGCCUCACAUAGAGCUUUGGAUGACAUCCAUGAGAGCAUCAAAGAGCUGCAAUUUUAUAGGAAGCAUAUAUUCAAAGAAGGCAAAGCAGAAGAGAAAAAAAGAAAAAUGCACCAAGAAAAUGGCGACAGUAGCAAGCAAGAUAGCCAGAUCCAAGCCUCUGAUUAACAUGCUGAAAAAGCUCUUCAAACAAUUCUUAAAUGGCCAUUUGCACAAUUCUUGCUCUGACUCUGGGCACUUCAAUAUGCAAUAUUGUUUGUGACAAUUAAAAGCAUUGUCCAAAAUAUCUUCCAUGUUGUUUUUUUUUUGAGCAAUUGCAAUGAAACGUUAGCGAGUUGACAUCGUUUUAACUGGAACCCUUUUGCAAGUUAAAUUCGCAGGAGCAUUAAUUUGGAAUGCUGCUUGAACUUUGAACAUUGCAUCUGAUAUUAUCUUGUCUCUUUCUGGUAGAGAAGUGCUUUAAACCCAACUGCACGUAAUAAUGCAUGCUCAGUGACUUAUUAGUGUUUUGGCUGAUCUUGAGCUGAUUUUUUUGUAAAUCGUGUUCAAAUGUUUGGACUAUAGAUAAGAAGUUCUGAUUACUGAGGCCUUUUACAUUGUCUAUUC